AAGAGGUAACAACAUGGAGGAACCACGUGAAGGGGAGAAGGAGAAGGAGAAAGGAGGGGAAGAAGGGAGGUACCGUGGUGUGAGAAGGAGGCCAUGGGGUAAAUUUGGAGCAGAGAUCAGAGACCCAACAAAACCUACGGGAAGACAAUGGUUGGGGACAUUUGACACAGCAGAAGCAGCAGCAAGAGCUUAUGAUCGAGCAGCCAUAGAAUUGAGGGGUGCUCUUGCAAUCCUUAAUUUCCCUGAUGAGUACCAUUCUCAUCUCCCUUUCUUGUCAUCAUCAUCGUCUUCUUCUUCUUCUUCUACCAGUGUCAUUGGAAGUUCUUCUACUGCACAAGGUGAAGUUAUUGAGUUUGAGUAUUUGGAUGACAAGGUAUUGGAAGACCUUCUUGAGUUAGAGGAGAAGCGAAAGAAGAAAGAGUAA